AUGGCAGUCAAGUCUGAUAACAUCGUUGAAUCCAAGGAACAGCGAUACGAUUUCUUCUUCUAUGGAACUCUUUGUGUACCAGCUGUACUUACAAGGGUCCUAGGACAUAAAUGUGAUGAUUUGACGUUUCAAGAUGCCCUCUUACCCAAUUACACUCGACAUUGUGUCAAAGGCGAAUCAUACCCUGCUAUAAUCGAUAGAGAAAAGACGAAUAUCCUAGCUUCGAGAGGAGAUGUGUUGACCUCUGAAGAAGUGAAUGUAAGAGGUACAUUGGUAAAAGGAUUGACGUACAAGGAUGUCAACCUAUUAGAUAUCUACGAAGGUAUUGAAUACCUCAGAGACAAGCUCCCAGUGCAAGCUCUGAGUCCACCUACCGCCAUAUCCUCACUCGCCCAAGCAAUAUCCGACCCUACUUCGAGAGUAUCUCUCAACAACCUAGAAGCUGAGAAGACCGUAAAUACACUUCGAUCAAACGGGACGAAAGAAUCUGACGGAAAGGCAAAAGCGGAAUACCUAAAACAGGUGGAAGGCAGCGUAGAGGGGAAAGAGAAGGAAGGUGGUGUGGAUGUGGGUAUGACUGAAGCUUGGACAUAUAUCUGGGCUGAGGAUCUGGACAAGCUGGAACCCAGGAUCUGGAGUUUCGAAGAUUACAUGAAAGCCAAAGAAUCUUCCUGGAGAGACCUCCCCGAUGACUACUUCACAGAUGUUGAGAGACAACAAGCUAUCAAGGACGAACCUGGCUCCACAGGCGACGAGAGAAGUUCGUCAGCUGUUGGAACGGAUGACUUGACUACUGAUGGAGAAGAAUGCAAAUUAUUGGGUAGGACCGCUGAAGGGUUCCCGGAUUUCGGUAGGGGCAUGAGGAAAUACUGGGGAUUUGCAGAUGAUUAUGUAAAUCUCAAUCAUGGUUCUUACGGCUCCCCACCAAAAAUCGUAAUUGACAAAAUGCGUAAAUUGUCGGAUCAAAUCGAAUCCAACCCCGAUCGAUUCAUGAGAAGAACUUGGUUACCCAUUUUAAACAAGGUUAGAGAACAGGUAUCGGAAUUGAUUGGCGCUAGGACCGAGGAAGUUGUGAUUGUUCCAAAUACUACGCAUGGAGUCAAUACUGUUUUGAUGAAUCUUAAUUGGGAAGAAGGGGAUAUUAUCGUUAUCUACUCGUCAACUUACGGAGCAGUUGGCCAAAUGGUGAAAUGCCUAUGUGACAAAAACCCUCAAAUCCGCCUCGAAAUCAUCGAUGAUGUUCUCCCCUGUUCUCAUAAAGAGAUUAUUGAACAAUCCGAAAAAGUAUUGAGUAAAUAUAACCAACUUGCUAAACCGAAUUAUACGGGGUUGAGUAAACCUACUGGGGUGAAUGCGGAUGAAAGAGUUAGGGCGGUGGUCGUUGAUGCUAUUGCUAGUAAUCCUGGUGUCAUCUACCCUUGGGAAGAUAUCGUUAGACUGUGUAAGAAGUACGGCGCGAUGAGUGUAGUAGAUGCUGCUCAUGCUAUUGGACAAAUUGAGGUGGACGUUAAGAAAUCAGAUUGUGAUUUCUGGGUAUCUAAUUGUCACAAAUGGCUUCACAGUCAUCGUGGAAGUGCAGUGCUUUACGUUCCUAUAAGAAAUCAAUACCUCAUACGAUCGACUUUCCCUACUUCUGCUGGGUAUGAGUCUACCAGAUACCCUACCAAGGGUAUUGACAGACCAUGGCAGUUCGUUGAACAGUUCCAAUGGACCGGUACGACCGACUGGACACCCUUCUUCUCUGUGAACGAUGCGAUCGAGUUCCGUAGAUCGAUUGGUGGGGAGAAGAGGAUCAUGCAGUAUUGUCAUACCCUUGCUGUGCAGGGAGGUAAGAGACUCCGAAAGAUAUGGGGUACGGAAGUGAUGGAUACUCCCAAAGGAGAAUUGACAGCUGCGAUGGUAAAUGUCAGAUUACCUCAUAUACCCGAUCCGAAAGAUUUGGAAGAUCAAUUCAAGCAGUUGCGAUAUUUUGAGGAUAAAUGCUUUGAAGGUAAUACUUUUGUGGCCGCUUUCAGACAUGGUGGGAAAUGGUGGGCUAGAUUCUCUGCACAGGUAUGGAAUGAUUUGAACGACUUUGAUUAUGCUGCGGAAGUUGUAGAGAAGAUCUGCUUAGGUAUCAAGAAUGGUGAAUAUCUUGAUAAAUCUCUGGAAGAAGAUAUAGUAGAAGAGGAAAUUCGAGAAUUACCUACUAAAGAUACUUAA